UCGCUUUCCCUUUCGCUUCCUGUGGUCCUGCUGUGGGGAGGUCCUGCCGUCACCUCAGGGGCUGUGCCUCGCUCUGCCCAGCCAGGAACAGAGGGAAGGAGGGGAGGCGUCUGAACCCGAGGCAGAAAAACCACCCCCGGUUCCCCCGCCCGGUGCCAGACCAGGAAGAGGCCGGGGCCUGCCUCGGAUGGCCCUGGGUGGUCCCUCACAGAUCCAUCGGGGGCUUCCAAAGCAAUGGCCCUGUAACCAGGAAAUGGAGCCCCAGAGCCAGAGACAAGGAGCCUGCCCAGGAUGCCACAACUCAUCUCCAGCGAUCAGAAACCAGAUAAGGCGCAUACAUCGAAAGACAUUCCUCUUCCACUUUCGGAACCUACGCUGGGCCCUGGGCCGGCACAACACCUUCCUGUGCUACCAGGUGGAUAGAGAAGAUCGUGACUCCAUUGUCCCCUUUCACAUGGGGGUCCUGAAAAACCAGGUCCUGCUGGAGACCCGCCUGCAUGCUGAGCUGUGCUUCCUCUACUGGCUGCAUGACUACCCCGUGCUGUUCCCCAGCCAGCACCUGCACAUCACCUGGUAUGUCUCCUGGAGCCCCUGCUGCGACUGUGCCGAGCAGGUGGCCGCCUUCCUGGCCAGCCACGCCAACGUGAGCCUGACCAUCUACGCGGCCCGCCUCUAUUACUUCUGGAGAACUGAGCACCAGGAGGGGCUGCGCAAGCUGCAGCGGGAAGGAGCCAGGGUGAGGGUCAUGUCCCUCGCAGAGUUCAAGCACUGCUGGGAGAACUUCGUCUACCCGCACGAUGGAAGGCCGCUCAGGCCGUGGAAGAGACUGUUUAAUAAUUGUCACUUCCAGGCCAAGAAGCUGCAGAAGAUUCUCCAAUGAGGGGCUUCCUCGGGCGACUCCCGCGGCUGUCCCUCCACCCCUCCAGCCUCCUCUGGCCUUUCCCUGGGGACCAAACUCCCCUGCCCUCCAGGCCUGGCCUCCCACGGUUUCUCCUGCCCUCUGGGGCUGCCUGGGGGGCUCCCACCACCUGCCCUCCUCCGCUUUCCCAAGGUGCCCUCCCCUGGGCCCCUCGCUUCCUCCAAAGCAUCCUCCUGCACCUGCAGGGUCCCUCUCCCCUGCCACCACCUGCAUCACCUGGUUCCUCCCAUCACAAUGAUACCAGUCACAGGAAGUUCUGACGCGGUGACAAUAAAAAUGAAACCAGGCUGGGUGGGACCAGGUGCAGUGGCACACGCCCCUGUAAUCCCCGCGACUCAGGAGGCUGAGGCAGGAGGAUUGCGAGUUUGAAGCAACCUCAGCAACUCAGCAAAGCCCUGUCUCAGGGAAAAAAAAAAAAAUUAAAAAAGACCUGGGGAUGUGGCUUGUUGGUAGGCCCCUCUGGCACCAAAAAAGGAGGAAAGAGAGGGAAGGAGACCAGGUCAGAGUCCCAGCCCCAGGCCAGGCUGCAACUGGGGAAAGUAGUAAGGAGGGCACCGCACUGACCGGAGGAAGUUCAGGCUGGUCCCCGGCAAAGGACCGGCUGCCCUGGAUGGAGCAGCCGAGUGACCUGGGGUCUGUUGCUUCCCACUGGCCACGAGUUCGGGAAUGGUUUUAGGAAUUUCUUCCUUGUGACAGAUCCCUGGGGGCAUCUUGGUGCCUCCCAGCGGGUGGGACGUCAGGAAGGUGUCGGUGGGAUAAAGGUGAGGGUUAAGGCCAGAGAACUCCUCUGCCCCUUUGUCCCCAGUACCGGGACCUAGUUACCAGCCCGAGUGUAAAUGGGUUCGGGCAGAAGCAUGAAAUGACAAGGGGGUCCAAGGCCUUCGAGGCUGACUUGAUUUCUCAGAGAAUGAGCUUCUGGGAUACAAUGACUUGGAUUCUAUAACGAGAUGCCACCAGCCAGGUACUCAGACCCCAGAAUCUGCUGUCUCACUGUUUGGAGACUGGCAGCCCAAGACCGGCAGCCUUCCGGGGCUUCUUUCCCUGGCCUGAGGGGUCGUGGCAGGCUGUAUCCGCUCGCGAGCUGCCGGGGACCCUGCCCUGCUCCCGGACAGAAUCAGGUGGUAACGUGGCUGCUUCAGCAUGUCUGACUAGCAGCUGUCCUCCUGGGAGGGACCAGCAGAGUCCCCAGCACAGGCCCAGGCCAGGCUGGUUCAGGCCCCUGGAGAAAAAGAAGUAGGUAGAGGCCUUUCUGGAGAUUCAGGCCUCCAGGCAGCCUGCUCCACACCAGGCACGGCUCCUGCUGGGGGCACAUCUCCCUUCUUCCCAGAGGGUCAGCGCGUUUUCCAUUUCUGCUCGCAGGAGCUCCCACGUCCAGAGAAGUCACAAUGGUCUCAAGGGAAAGGCCAGAAAAGGGCUCUCCCUUCUCCAUCCAUCCCACUCUUCAGUCUGAGAUGGUGAGACCUGUGCGGGGACACAGGGCCAAUGCACUCCUGGCCUCCAUUUGCCACCAGGGAUCAAAGCAGAAAGACCUUGGCUUCAGUGCCGGGCACAGUGGCACAUGCCUGUAAUCUCAGUGGCUCGGGAGGCUGAGGUAGGAGGAUCGCGAGUUCAAAGCCAGCCUCAGAAAAGAAAGGUGCUAAGCAACUCAGUGAGCCCCUGUCUCUAAAUAAAAAACAUGGAAGGGCCGGGGUGUGGCUCAGUGGUCGAGUGCCCGUAGUUCAAUCCCCAGAAUCAAAAGGAAAAAUAAAUAAAUAAAAAAUGUUGAGGACCCACCACAAUGACCUGUUCCCAGGUCCCAAACUCAUGUUCUGUCCCAUCCCCAUAUGGUCUCUGAGCAGCUACAGCUGCUCACCCCCAUCACAGGACAGAGAGGUCGAUACAGAAUGCAGCGUCAAUAUAAAAACAACUUUGGCUGCAGGUGACCCUCUGACCAGUGUUAGCAUAAAAGGACGGAACUGUGUUUAAACUUCACGGAUCAGCAGAGCCUUUAUUCAGCAAUGGAGUUGUGCCUCUGAUGGACCCACUUUCCUGGUGGAAAAGGAGUCACUGAGCAAAGCGGGAGCCUGUGCUUACGUCACUUACACUGAGAGGUGACUUGAUUAAAGACAGAGCGUGUCAGUUUGGGCAUUCAGGAAUUUGGGAUCUGUUUUUACUGGGCCAGAUGGAGGCCUGGGGUCAGCAG